GUUACGCGGCCCUUUGAAGAGGCAGUCAUGGUGCCAUCGUCAUCAAUGGUGUAUUCGGCAGAGAUGUUGUCCUGGAGGAAGAGUCCCUCUGGGUCUUUCUUCUGCUGAGCAUACCAUUUGCCUGCAUACUACAAGGACACGAAGAGCAUUCAGAGGAGGACGUUGGUCAGUUUCAGCUGUGGGCUCAGGCUUUGAUGCAGGUCACCUGAUCAGUUUUACUAGAGCAGAUCCUGAUUCACCUUCAACACUAUUAGGAAAACACCUUGCUGAUGACAGUUAGAUUGGACACGGGUUGCCCCUGCUGUGGCAGGCGUCUCAUCUCACGAUUUCUCUUUUUCACAACCAUUUGAGGAUUAUAUGCUGUAAAUUUUCAGUUGUUUUGUCCUGAAAACUCUUUUGAACUCUUAUUACUUGGCCAUUACCUGCCAGUACUGGGACUGGGCCAGAAGAUCCCAAGAUGAGUGUCCAAAAGGAAGACGUGGAGAAGUUCCUGGAUGGAAACCCAAGUUUUGCCAGGAGCUAUUUUGACAAAAAGCUCAAACCUGGUGCCGUGGCCUCGAUCUUGCAUGUACCAGAGUCAAAAGUGGAUGUGGACACUUUUAAGGAGAUAAGCUCGAUAGAGGAAGGAGCGAUGUUCUACGAUCUCAUUACAGAUAUGCAGGAGAACGUCAAUAUGGAGAAGGUGAUUUUUAAGAUUCUGAAGAGAGUCAGCGCUCUGAUCCACGCCGACCGGUGUAGCCUGUUCAUGUAUCGACAACGGAAUGGCAUCGGCGAGCUGGCUACACGUCUCUUCAACGUUAAUAAAGAUUCUGAGCUCGAUGACUGUGUGGUGCCUCCGGACUCUGAGAUCGUCUUCCCUCUGGACAUCGGUAUAGUAGGACAUGUGGCUCAAACCAAGAAGCCCAUCAAUGUGAAGGAUGUUACACAGGAUAGUCACUUCAGCACAUUCGUUGACGAACUUACUGAAUACACCACACGCAACAUCUUGGCCUCGCCCAUUAUGAAUGGCAAGGACUUAGUAGCUGUCAUCAUGGCAGUCAACAAGACAAAUGGACCCUAUUUCACAGAUGACGAUGAGGAUCUUUUUUUAAAGUAUCUGAAAGUUUGCUCUCUGAACCUGAAGAUUUUUCAUCUGAGCUACCUUCAUAACUGUGAAACACGUAAAGGACAGCUGCUGUUGUGGUCAGCUAACAAGGUGUUUGAAGAGCUCACAGACAUUGAACGACAGUUUCACAAAGCUUUGUACACCGUGCGAGCCUACCUCAACUGUGACAGGUACUCUGUGGUGCUGCUGGACAUGACCAAGGAAAAGGAGUUCUUUGAUAUUUGGCCAGUGUUGAUGGGAGAGCAGGCACCUUAUUCUGGCCCUGUAACUCCAGACGGAAGGGAAGUCAUUUUCUACAAAGUUAUUGAUUAUAUUUUGCACGGAAAAGAGGAGAUCAAGGUCAUACCAAAUCCACCUCUAGAUCAUUGGGCUUUAUCUAGUGGAUUACCCACAUAUGUAGCAGAAAGUGGAUUUAUUUGCAACAUCAUGAAUGCUGCAUCAGAGGAAAUGUUCAACUUUCAGACGGAAGCUCUGGAUAGCAGUGGAUGGACCAUCAAGAAUGUGCUGUCCCUGCCAAUUGUCAACAAAAAAGAAGAAAUUGUUGGUGUUGCAACUUUCUACAACAGGAAGGAUGGCAAACCAUUCGAUGACCACGAUGAACAACUCAUGGAGGCUUUGACACAGUUUCUGGGCUGGUCGGCCCUCAACACAGACACCUACGACAAAAUGAAUAAGCUGGAGAACAGGAAGGACAUCGCCCAGGACAUGGUGCUGUACCAUGUCAGAUGUCGAGAUGAUGAGAUUCAAAAUAUACUAAAAACACGAGAAUGUUUUGACAGAGAGCCAAGAGACUGUGAGGAGGACGAGCUUUUGGAGAUUCUGAAAAGAGAGCUGCCUGGCCCAAAAAAGUUUGAGAUCUACGCUUUCCAUUUUUCAGACUUUGAAUGCACUGAACUGGAUCUUGUAAAGUGUGGGAUCCAGAUGUACUAUGAAGUUGGAGUGGUUAGAAAGUUUCAGAUCCCUCAGGAGGUUUUGGUGAGAUUCAUGUACUCAGUUAGCAAAGGCUACAGGAAAAUCACCUACCACAACUGGCGCCAUGGCUUCAAUGUUGGACAAACCAUGUUCACUUUACUCACGACAGGCAAACUGAAGAGGUAUUACUCAGAUUUGGAGGUGAUGGCCAUGAUCACUGCUGGCUUCCUACAUGAUAUCGACCACAGAGGCACAAAUAAUCUCUACCAAGUGAAGUCCCAAAAUCCUCUAGCCAAGCUGCAUGGAUCCUCCAUUCUAGAAAGGCAUCACUUGGAAUUUGGCAAAUUCUUGCUAGGCGAAGAGACAUUAAACAUCUUCCAAAACCUCAACAGAAGACAAACAGAGCACGUCUUCCACCUCAUUGACAUUGCCAUUAUCGCAACUGAUCUAGCCUUGUACUUCAAAAAGAGGACAAUGUUCCAGAAAAUUGUGGAUCUCUCCGAGACAUAUGAAGAGGAGAAGAAAUGGGUGGACUUCAUGUCUCUUGAAACAACAAGGAAAGAAAUUGUAAUGGCGAUGAUGAUGACAGCAUGUGACCUCUCAGCUAUCACAAAGCCAUGGGAGGUGCAGAGCAAGGUUGCCCUCUCUGUAGCAGCUGAAUUCUGGGAGCAGGGUGAUCUUGAGAGGACUGUUCUUGAGCAACAGCCCAUUCCCAUGAUGGACAGGAACAAAGCUGCAGAGCUGCCAAAGCUUCAGUGUGGUUUUAUCGACUUUGUCUGUACUUUUGUCUACAAGGAGUUCUCGCGUUUCCACAAGGACAUCCAGCCAAUGUAUGAUGGCAUUCUGAACAACCGGAUGCAUUGGAAAGCGAGGCAGGAGGAAUAUGAGGCAAAACUAAAGGAAAUGGAGGAGGCAGCCAAAGCCAAACAGGAAGCAGCUGCCAACAACGCUGCAAAUUCCAACAGCACCGGUGGAUCAGGAUCAGGGUCCAAGACCUGCUCCAUCUGCUAGAAAAAAACAACAACUCUACAGAGGGCUGGGCAGCUCGAGAUGCAACCUAGCCUCUAAGCAUUACGUCAGUCAAAUGUGGGGAUGCAACCUCACCACCAGGAUCCCCAAGGAUCUAAUCAAGAGUGAGUGGGAAAACACUAUCAAUGCAUUAUAUGCUAUCAGCAAGCCACAAGACCACCUGCUAACCAAAACACACGUUGGAUCUUGCCUACAGUUAGUAUUACUGUUCCAUUGUGUAUCCUUUGGGUCAUAGUGUUUGGUUUAAGCAUUUUCAUUGGAUAGUAAUCAGUUUCAAUUAAUCACAGUGCAGUCUUAACAGGAAAAAUCAGUGGUUAAUAUUACAAAUAUGGUUCUGAUUAAUACGAUCAAAACAUUUUCCUAGCAUCAUCUAUAAAUUACUUUUACUGGAUUGUUUUUCAUUUAGUUCCUCACUGGUGAUCAGUUGCUAUUUAAUAUCAAGCAGAUCCAUGACAAGUUCACGCAUGUGUGUAAUCAAAUAACUAUGUACAGAAAGUUUAAAGAGAACUUUUUCUCCAUUUUGUAAUUGCAACAAUGUUCCAUUUAGUGUCACCUACUACUUUCCUUGAACAUAAAGGCCAUUAUAUGAGUGAUAGGCAUUUUUACAUCAUUCAUUCCCUCUAACAGUGAUCACAUUGUACAGCUUGGAAGCUAGCUUUCAGAUCACUAAACGUAAGAAUUUUAUUUGACUUUGGUAGGUGAGACUUUAGUGCGCAAUAAAAUAUAGCUUCUGCUAAGCAAGAUAUGAGUACAAUGGUGGUCAGCAUGUAUAAAGACUGGGUUUAAAGUUAUAGUUGUUUUUAUUUCUGACAGGAAAUGCGCAAUUGUCCUUCAGACCUAUUUACAUCAAGUGCUGUCAUGGGUGUUUUUUACUGAGCAAUGUCCCGUUACUCUGUUUCUCCACUGUUGGGACAUGCGUUCACAGAGAAAACUAAUUCCAGUGGCCUUGAUACCAUUCAUCUGUUGAGUUCUCAGCUGACCUGUCAUCACACCGAACCUUGACAAGUCUGUGAUUAAAUUCACAAAGGUAUUCAGAUUCGGGCAUAUUUUUUCCCUUUUAUGUCUGACUUUUAUAGGAAACAAGUUUCUCUUUCACUGGUUGUCUGUAAAACAUCUUGAAACCAUAAGUUGUGAAUUUAAUUGUGUCAAUAUCCGUAAAUAAUUUAUUAAUUUUAUGAGGUACGACUUUACAUAGUUUUAAAGGAAAUACUAUGAAGGUGUGUUUUAGCGCACUUAAUGAACUGUACAUGCUUAUUAUACAAAGCCGCUGCUUCUGAUUCACAGAUAAUAAAGGUUUAUUUUAAGUAGUGAAGUUUCAGGCAAUAGAGAAGAAAAUCGAUCGAUGUGUCAGUACUGACAGUGGGGGCCCGGUUAUUAGACUUGUUUGACACAAAUGUGAUUUACUUGCAGAGCAAGUUUCAUCAUUGUUUUUGACAAGAAUUUGAUUAUUUUGAUUCAUCUUCAAAUAUGAUGCUCUCCAACCAUCCACAAUGCAGCAUCAAAUAUGGGUGAUUCCAAUUAAAUUGGUAAAAACGUUUAGCUUCACUUUGUAUGCUCAAUACCAUGACAAUUAAAGCAUAUAUUUUUA